AUGACUGAUACCUGUGGGAAAGCGACACUGCUCACUCUAUAUCAAGCAUCAGAUGCCAUCUAUGAGCUGAUGGACAAGGUCCUUGUCAUUGACAAAGGUCGAAUGAUUUUCCAAGGGCCCGCCUGCGCAGCGAAGCAGUAUUUCGAAGACCUUGGAUAUGAAUGCGCAGAGAUGCAAACCACCUCCGACUUCUUGACCAGCAUUACUCUGCCCGAGCGCCGGAAAUUCCCGCCUGGUUGGGAACAUCGAGCCCCUAAGGGCCGCGCUCUUGAACUCGAAGCGGCGUUCAAGAAUAUCGAGAUAUCAGUCGAGCAAUAUGACAUUCGGCAGACAAUGGGGAGUGUUCGAUCAAAUUCAGAGCAAGGCAGCGUCGAGGAACUCAAGCGCUCUAUGCAGAGCGACAAGUCAAGCCUCCAUAUACGACCUCGCUCUUGGUCGCGGCAACCUUGA